GAGUCGCCUUUGAGGAUGAACCGAUCGGUCCGAUCCGCGCCUAGUAUCCGUCGGGGCAUAGGAGAUGCAGUUUAUAUUGAAAUUUAUUACAUUCUCGACCCCCAUACCCCCAACUUUUAGCUAAACAGGAACCCUAGAGGUCUCGAUUUCGAUCGCGAUCUCGAUCCCUUGUUGGGGUUUGGUGGGAGGGGAAGGAGGAGGAGGAGGGAAGGAGCGAUGUCUCUCCGGCCGACGACGCGGACGGAGGUCCGGAAGAAGGCUUACAAGACGGGGGUCGACGCCGAGGAGGCGAGGCGGCGGCGGGAGGACAACCUCGUCGAGAUCCGGAAGAGCAAGAGGGAGGAUAACCUCCUCAAGAAGCGCCGCGAGGCCCUCCUCCAGUCCGCCACUGCCGCCGCCGCUCAGCUCGAUCACUCGACCGGGAUCGAGAAGAAGUUGGAAAGCCUUCCUGGAAUGGUGCAAGGAGUAUGGUCCGAUGAUCCUGCUAUGCAGUUAGAAGCAACUACCCAGUUCAGGAAACUUCUAUCAAUUGAGAGGAGCCCACCUAUUGAAGAGGUCAUUAAGACAGGUGUGGUCCCCAGGUUUGUGGAAUUUCUCUCAAGAUAUGAUAUGCCACAACUACAGUUUGAGGCAGCAUGGGCAUUGACCAAUGUAGCUUCUGGGACUUCAGAGCAUACCCGAGUUGUCAUUGAUCAUGGUGCUGUUCCAAAGUUUGUGCAACUUUUGACCUCUCCCAGUGAUGAUGUUCGAGAGCAGGCUGUAUGGGCCCUGGGUAAUGUUGCUGGUGACUCGCCCAGUUGUAGGGACUUUGUUCUCAGUCAUGGUGCCCUCCUACCCUUAUUGGCUCAAUUGAAUGAAAAUUCAAAAAUAUCAAUGCUGAGGAAUGCUACAUGGACACUAUCCAAUUUUUGCCGUGGGAAACCACCAGCCCCAUUUGAUCAGACAAAGGUUGCACUCCCUGUUCUUCGGCAACUUAUUCACUCAACAGAUGAAGAAGUCCUAACAGAUGCUUGCUGGGCACUAUCUUAUCUUUCUGAUGGAACUAAUGAUAAAAUUCAAGCUGUGAUAGAGGCUGGUGUCUGCCCAAGGCUCAUUGAGCUUCUGCUUCAUCCAUCUCCGACAGUUCUUAUACCUGCUCUUAGGACAGUGGGAAAUAUUGUCACUGGAGAUGAUGCUCAGACUCAGGUUGUAAUUGAAAACCAAGCGCUUCGUUGUCUUUUUCAACUUCUCACACAAAAUCAUAAAAAAAGCAUCAAGAAAGAGGCAUGCUGGACCAUUUCAAACAUCACCGCUGGGAGUAAAGCCCAGAUCCAGGCUGUUAUAGAUGCAAACAUCAUUAAUCCUCUAGUACAGCUGCUGCAACAUGCUGAAUUUGACAUUAAGAAAGAGGCAGCAUGGGCUAUAUCAAAUGCUACAUCAGGGGGUUCCAAUGAGCAGAUCCAAGCGGAUCUCCUACCAGUUCAAUUACCAGUCAUUUGGUCUUCCUUUUCUGGCUGUUUGGUUGCUGUUGACAUGAAAAUUGAGCAAUGACGUAUCCAUCCUUAAUACCUAGUAUAUAUUUCUAGGGAAAAUGAUCUCUUUUUGGCGAGCCAAGGAUGCAUUAAGCCACUGUGUGAUCUUCUGGUAUGCCCGGACCCACGAAUUGUGACUGUGUGUCUUGAGGGCCUUGAGAACAUUCUGAAGGUGGGCGAGGCUGAGAAAGACUUGGGUAGAACUGGUGACAUAAACCCUUAUGCCCAGAUGAUAGAUGAAUGCGAGGGACUAGAUAAAAUUGAGAAUCUGCAGGGCCAUGACAACAAUGAGAUCUAUGAGAAGACCAUAAAGAUCUUGGAGAGAUACUGGAUUGAGGAAGAUGAUGAAGGACAGGUCGUGCAGGGUACUGGUGAGGGCGCGACAUUUGAAUUCGGAGCCAACCAGCCCUCUGCUCCUUCUGGUGGCUUCAAAUUUGGUUGAAAUAUCCUGUUACCGUACUAGGCUUUCCUUUUUUUUUUCUUUUUUUGUUUUUAUUUUGUUGUAUGAAUUCAAGGGUCUAUCAAUUCACCCAAUAGGAGGGUCAGGGUUUUUGAUCUGACUCCGAAACAGCUAUAGUAGCGGAGUUGAUGAAUGCUGUUUGCAAGUGUAAACAUUAGAUUGAUGUUUUGUGUUUAGUUUACUUGGAGAAUUGCAAAUUAGUAUGAUUGGAUCAUUCUUGCUGUCACAAAAGCUUAAUAAGUGUUAUAGUUAUUUUUGUUUGUA